UCAAGCUACAGUAUAAGGAGUAGUGGCGGGGAGGAGGACGCUGGGAAGGCAGGGGAGUCUGGGAAAGGAGAAGGCUGCACAUCUAGAGGGAGGGAGAAGAAGUCCGAAGGAAGAAGAGAGCAGCGGAGGGCACGCGGGCACGGACGAGGAGAGAGGACAAAGAGAAGCACACUCGGGUGGGAAGAAGACAGGAGGGGAAGGAGGAGCGAGGCAGAGAUGAGGCUGCAGGGCUCCCUGGCCUGCCUCCUGCUGACCCUGUGUCUGGGCAGUGGGGGGGCCGGCCCGCUGCUGCAAGGAGGGGAGGGUGCUGGAGCAGGGGUGGGGGAGGCCGUGGGACACGGGAUGGGAGACGCCAUUGGACAGGGGGUGGGAGACGCCAUUAGCCAAGGAGUCGAAGAGGCUGUUGGCCAAGGGACCGGAGGGUCCGCCGGGUCUGCCAGCAGGGAGGCCAUGAGCCGUGGCAUGGAGGAGGCAGCCCAGGUCCUUAGGGACCCCGGGGGUGAGGCUGGCAGACAGGCUGAGAACAUCAUUCGACAAGGAGCAGAUGCGGCUCACAGCUCCUGGCAGGGCGUGCCUGGCGGCAACGGUGCUUGGGGAACCAACGGCCAACCUCCAUCUGGAGGCCAUGACAUCUUUGGCUCUCAGGGCGGCUCUGGAGCCCACAGCCACGGCAAUCCUGGAGGCCUGGGGACCCCCUGGGACCACGGAUACCCCGGAGGUUCAAACGGUGGCUUUGGAACCCACCCUCAGGGAGGCCCCUGGGGCCAAGGAGCCAAUGGAGGCUCUCCCAACUGGAGGCCCAACGCUCAGGGGGCCGUGGUCCAGCCCGGUUACGGCUCAGUGAGAGGCGGUGGUAACUCACACACAGAGUGCACCAACGCCCCGCCCGCGGGCUCAGGCGGAAGCUCCGGCAGCUCCGGGGGAAGUGGUGGCAGCAGCGGCGGCGACAGCAGCGGCAGCGGUGGUGGCAGCAGCGGUGGCAGCGGUGGCAGCAGUGGUGGCAGCGGCGGCAGCAGCGGCAGCAGCGGCGGCAGCGGUGGCAGCAGUUCCGGGACCAGCUGGGGAUACAAUUCCGGCUCUUCCUCCAGUAGCAGCGGUGGCGGAAGCAGUGGUGGAAAUAAACCUGAAUGUGACAGCUCAGGGAAUGGAGUCCGCAUGUCUGGAGGAUCUGGGGGUCAGGGCUCCCGAGGAGGACAGGGAGGGCCCAGCGGCUCUGGUGACCUCAGGGAAAUAAGCAAAGAAGGCGGUCAGUUCGUUGGGGGCUCCCAAGGCAACUAUCAGGGGUCCAGUGGAAGAGGUGAAGCUGUCAGUGGGAUCGAUACCUUGAAUUCUCAGACGUCUCCUGGGCUCUUCAACUUCGAAACUUUCUGGAAGAAUUUUAAAUCCAAGCUGGGUUUCAUUAACUGGGAUGCCAUAAACAAGGGCCAAGUCCCACCCCCCAGCACGCGGGCCCUCCUCUACUUCAGCAGGCUCUGGGAGGAUUUCAAACACAACACCCCUUUCUUGAACUGGAGAGCAAUUAUUGAGGGCGCUGAUGCGUCAUCGCUCCAGAAGAGGUCGGGCGGUGCCGGCCAGUCUGACGCAGGAUGGGAAGAGGUGGCAGCUGUAACUUCUAAGAACAACUAUAAACAGAAGGCAUACCCUACUCCCUCUGGUGGGCAGUACUCAGCCAAGAUCCCCUCAAAGGGGGGAGCCACGCCUUCCUCCUCGGCUUCCCGGGUGCAGCCUGGACUGCUGCAGUGGGUGAAGGUCUGGUAGAAAAUUAUUUCCGGUCACGAUGGAGGCCCUGAGAAGCGGCAGUCUUCAAGGAGCGCAGUCAGGCCCGUCCCCAGCUCCACCCCCGCCCCGCCCAGUGUCAGGCUUGGUCUAGCUGCUGACCCCCGCUUUCUCCAGGUUGGGGACCCUGUCGGUCUGUCCCUUGUCUCUGGCAACCGCACUGUGGAGUCUCCCUGACCAGCAGCCUCCUGGGAUAAACCGCCGUUUUUCUUCACCUACUCUGUUUUGUGACCUGAAGUCGUGUGACAGUUCUUCAGAAGAAGCUUCUCCUCCUGAGUUUUGUGCAAAUAAAGCCUGAGUCUUGUUUCCCUAAGA